AUGGCAGAGCAGGGCUCAGACACUCAAAGUUGUUUUUUCUCCUCCCUCUCUCCUCUCCAGUCCUACUGCUCUGACCCCGGCCUGGUGCUGGACCUGAAGAAUCUCAUCGUGCUCUUUGCUGACACUCUGCAGGGCUACGGCUUCCCCGUGAACCAGCUCUUCGAGAUGCUGCUGGAGAUCCAGGAGCAGUACAGCGAGACCCUGCUGAAGAAAUGGGCAGGGGUCUUCAGGAAUAUCCUCGACUCAGAUAAUUACAGCCCCAUCCCGGUGCCAGAUGAAGAAGUUUAUAAAAAAAUCGUUGGACAGUUCCCAUUCCAGGAUGCUGAACUUGAAAAGGUAAAACCUUGGCCUGGGGAGAGGGGCCUGGCCUGGCUGCUGGGGCAGGGGAACCUCACACCCUUCGUGGGCAUUGAAAGAUUAAAAAAAUAAAACACCCAAAUCAACCCUUCAACCCAGAUAAACGG